UCGGUGCGUUGGGCCCUAACCGGAGCGUCGUCCUCCAACCCACAGGACAGACUCCGCCGCCGCCCCCUCCCCUCUCCUCCCUUUCCUCCUCCCCAGUCCCCACCCACGCACUUGCUCGUUUGCGUUGAUCCUGAGGGCGGCGUGAUGGCGCUGAGGGGCGUUUGGCAGCUGCAGAAGCUUGUGGUGAACUACUGCGACUGGGGAGGGAGCAGCAGGGGAAUCAGGGCUUUUAUGGAGUCACAUCUUCCAGCUUUGAAGGAAAAGAAUCCCCAGUUAGAGGUAGUGACACAGCUUGUCCGUGGUCAGCAUCCUAACUUGAAGGGCAUUUACAAAAACCAUAACGAGAGAGUGGUUUGUGUCAGAAAUUUAGCACCUGAGGACAUCAUGUUGCAAGCUAGUAGGCUAAGGUGUUCUCUGGGAAGGAAAGUGGUGAAGCUGAGAACCAGACACGUGAUGAAACGGCCAAGUGUCCAGGGGACAUGGACGACGGAACUGAAGAUGUGAGUCAAAGUUCUAAGACGCCACGCGUCAAAAAAAGUUCUGAGACGGGCUGUUGCAGUGUUCCUUUUUAACUGUUUGAGAUCUAUGGGAAGAACUCUGUGCUGCUAUUAGCCCUACCUUUGGUCAGUAGUUACAGUUUUUUUUUUUUUUGUUUGAGACAUAAUAAUCUGAUAAUAUCAUGUAAACGUGGGAGAUUCUUGUUAGUGGCAGAUGCGAUCUUAGACUUUCCGUUC